AGCUCUCUUUUCCGUGUCGCUGCAAUUUGUACGCAGCAAGUUCCAUGUUUGAGCAACAAAUUAGUCUUCGAAUGGGGUCAGCUUCUAAUUGAAUUAACAGCUCUCGCAGCGCUUCGAUGGCGCGUUAAAACAAAGGCAGAGAUACCCCCUAAAAAACCCGCGACUGGCACUCACAAAUCAAUGGCCAAAAACUUCAAAAUCAGUUGUGAAAAAUGUCUACGAGCUGGCCGAAGCUGCUGCUCACAGCGUUGCUCUUGGGCCAAUGCCAAAGUCAGUGGAAGAACGAUGUGCCACAUGUGUUUGCCACGCUGUUGCCACCGACGACAAGCAGUCACGAUGCCGGCAAAGUCAACAAUGUCACGCUGACUCCGCCAGGACUCAUCAACCAAGGACGGGAGUUGGAGCAGGAGUUGGAGCUGCUGGGACUGGGACUGCCACCACAUGCUGGCUCGCAGCGCAAACUCUCGAGAGGCAAACGCUUUGUGGCCUUUCCCGUGGGUUCAUCAGCUUCGGCCGCUGUCUGCCUGACCACCGGUGUCAUCGGCAAUCCCAACCUGCUGUAUCUCAGCUUGGGCAUCAAUUGGGGCGUUGCCUACGAUCUGCCCAAUGUCACGUGGGUACUGCAGAAUGCCCAUGGCUGGACGACUAAGAAAUCCGCCCAGGCACAAAUCAAACGCAGACAUCGACGUGAGCUCUACAGUCGACUGGAGACAAUGAUAGACAGUCAUGAUUUAUGGCCGCCGCCAACAUUGAUGACUAUGAUGGAACGUGCAGCAGACAACCGGACUCCUCCAUCCGCUCAGCUGUUGCUGCAUGAACGCUGGCGUCGCUCACUCAGUCGUCCGAAGCGUUAUCUCAGCUUUCCCGAGGGCUCCUCGUUGUCCGUGGCUGUCUGCUUCACGGUGGGCCUCAUCGGCAAUCCCUACUAUGCAUACAACAGUUUCGGCAUCAACUGGGGCACGGCCUACGAUUUGCCCAACAGCACGUGGGUGCUGCAACAUCUACAUGGCUUCGCCACACAUCCCGUGGCACCGGCUGUGCUCCGGCGACGCUCCCGCAGAUUUAUCUAUCAGAAGAUUGAGACAAUUGUGGAUAACAUGGGCUACAAUGGCCGUGACUGCGUUUUGCGUACCCUCUGCGAGAGUCGCCAGUACUUUCAGCGCACCAAAAUGAACAUGGUCGGCGAAAUGCUGCGCACUAUAUUCAGCCUACCCAAGCAGCGCAUCUUUACACGCGAACUUCAUGAAAACUCGGACAUCGUGCACUAUGACAAGGCCUAUCGGGAAGCCCACAAAGAUGACUGCGCCGCCCAGUAUGACUGUCACUUUUCGCUGCUGGAAUUGGCCUUUGGCAAAUACACAACGCCGCCGAAAAAUUAUUAUGCUCAAUAAAUUGUACGAUACUUAAAAA